CUAGACUCAGUCGGUAGGACGCUCGGAAGCGGAACAGAGUGGUAUAAAAGUUUACCAUCGGCGCGCACUCCUGCCCGACGUCCCUGCGCCGCCAUAUUGGUACGUCCCGUUUUUAACUGGAUGAAGUGGAGUCUGAUAGCGCGAGCUUCCUUCUGUUGUGGACGUUCGCGAGGCAAUGACGAAAUUUGGCAACCGGAGGAGGACGAAGAGUCGAGUGGUCGACGAAUCGCGCCGAUUUCGAGUGUGAGACGACCUUCCACCCCCCUGGACUUCGACUGGACCGUCCGAAAGCGGAUCGCAUCGGGCACAGCUGAUCGUACCGCGCUGGAAUCGACACGCGUGCUGCCACCAGCGGUUUGCUAGAUUCUAAAACUUAAAAGUUGUCUGAGUUCACCCGUUUCUUUCGUGCGAAAGACUGUGUAAUGGAGAAGUGGGCAGUCCAAGGGCUUUUUUACGGAUGCCGACGACCGUGAAGAGAAGCAAUUCGCAGCUUUACCACGCUCAAAAAUCUCCCAUGAAGUCGUCCCGAGAUUGGAUCGUGUUGCUGCAGACUCUCUUCGUUUGUUUAGUGGUAUGUCCUGCCGUGUGCAUACAAUGUAUCUCGACCAAGGCCAACGGCAUCAAGAUCAAGGAGACAGGUUUCGACAGGAGUAUCGUCGUCAACUACACGGACGAAGGCAAUAUCACAGAAUGCAACUCUGAUUCCGAUUAUUGCUUCACUCUGCUGUUGGAGACCGCCAACAAGACUUACGUCGUUCAGUCACAGGGAUGUUGGAAGCACAAAGGAAGCGACGCCUGCAAAUUACAACAAUGCAUCGCGGACAAAUCGCCUAAAGCUAAGAACGACAGCAAAUUCUGUUGCUGCUCGGCCAAUCUGUGCAACAAAGACUAUACUGUGAAGGAUGGAGAACCAGAAUCUUCGGAGAAUAAACUGUCUCGUCUGGGAUAUAAUUCGGUAGAACAUGCGACAAAUAACACGAAAGCUUCGACCAUAGUCUUAGUCUGCACUUUUUCGCUGACCAUCAUUGGAGUUGCCGUUUUCGUUUUCUUCAGAGUCUACUGCUUUAACAGGAAGACGAAUUCGGACUCGAUUCAGCGCAUCAUUUCGCCACCCUCCUUCUGCCAGACAUUCGACAUAGAUAAAUUAACUAUCGAAAAGAUGAUCGGAAAAGGAAAGUACGGAUCCGUUCACUUGGGUAAAAUGGAUGAUAACAAAGAAGUGGCGGUCAAGAUAUUCAGUCACGAAAAUGAACAGUACUUCAGGAACGAGAACGAAAUCUAUUCUCUACCUUUUAUGGAUCACCCUUGUCUGGUCAAAUUCAUUGGAGCCAAAGAGAGGAUAGACGAAAUCGGCAAGACAGAGUACCUGUUAGUUCUUUCCUAUUCGCCUUCCGGUUGUUUACAAGAUUACCUCAGAAAUCACACCAUUAAUUGGGCCGGACUGUGUAAAAUAAGCAAAAAUUUAACGUCCGGUCUAGCGUAUCUACACACGGCAGUAUUUAAAGAUAAUAAGAUCAAACCGUGCGUAGCUCAUAGAGACUUGACGUCGAGAAAUGUUUUGAUACGUAACGACGGAGGGUGCAUGAUUUGCGACUUCGGCUUCGCUAUCUGUCUUCAGCAGGGGAAGUAUUACAGGAACGGAGAAAUGAGGGUGGCCGAAACCACUCCCCUUGCCGACGUGGGAACCUUGCGCUACAUGGCGCCAGAAGUGCUGGAAGGAGCGGUUAACCUGAGGGAUUGUGAAACUUCGUUGAAACAAGCCGACGUGUACGCUUUGGGUCUCAUUCUGUGGGAAAUUGCUUCGAGAUGUUCGGAUCUCUUCCAAGGAAUAGAAGUUCCCGCUUACAGACUGCCCUUCGAUAGGGAACUGAACGGUUUGAAACCCAGCAUGGAGCAAAUGCAAGUGCUGGUGGCUCGAAAUAAGGCUCGACCUCUGUUUCCUGAUAUCUGGAAGGAUACCAACCCGGCCGUCAAAGAAUUGAAGGAAACCAUCGAAGAUUGUUGGGAUCACGAUGCCGAUGCCAGGUUAACCACGGAAGGGGCGGUGGAACGCCUGAUAGAAGUGUCCAAGCAGUGGGAGAGCCACAAAGCCAAUUCCAGCGGCGUAAGUCCUAUAGUGAACGUCACCAAGACGUCGCCGCCUUCUUCGUCCAGCGUCGUCAUCAACGUGCCAGAUAACGAGACACCCGGAGAAACGCUUCGACACGACUCGGAAUCGGAUCCGAAGAUUGGCGUGGAUGUCGGAGAAAAUUGCGAAAACACGUUGGAGACGGUCGUGGCUUCGUUGCCUUCGGAGCUUAAUUUUACCUCGUCGAUGCCAAAUACCAAGAAUGGUGCGACCAAGAAUUCCAACUCUUCCAUCGUCUCCAAACUGAGUGUUCCGCUACAGCCCCAUCAAGGCUAUAACCCCAGUAUGGAGAGAAACUUAAUGAAAGAUGUGGAGAAAAACGCGAACAGUGACAUGUUUCUCGAGAGAGGCUACAAGGACGAUUUGGCCUUCGAACAGUAUUCCAAACAGAACGUCUCUCUCCAAAUUCGUGCCAGCGGAAACGGUGCGACGUCGAACGAUGCGUCGGAGCGAAUCGAGAGGAUAUGCCACCCCAUUCCAUAUGUACAAAACGUUCAUCUCAAGACCACCAUUCCUAAUCAAAACACGUUAGAGACUAAGAGUUUCAAUGGUCUAUUUAACUGUAGAAAUCCUCGACAGGAAAGAAAACGCAAAUGCAUUCACGCGACGAGAUCCAGUCUGAAAGGAUUCUUCGAACGGAGGAGGACCUCCAAAGAGCACAAGAUCCUAGAAGAAGAGAGGCAGCCACUCAAAGCUUCGACCGGCAACGAACUCUGCAUCAGGAAGAGUAACGAAGAGACGACGAGCAACGAUACCAAUUUCCACCUCCGUUCGGAAAGGGAGGAAUCUGCUUUAGAUAGGUUAUACGUGGCGGGUCGCCCGAGAUUCGAUGAAGACUCGCGUGCGCAAAAUGGAAAAAUACCAUUGACGAAUGGUAACGAUCCUCGUUUGACCAGGGAUGGAGAAAUCCCACCCAGAACGGGACGCGAAGAAUAUCUCUCCUUCUCUGUUUAUAAUCACGUUCUGGCCAACGACGUCAAAUAAGUAGGGUUGCCCGCGCACCAAGCUACGCGAUUCUCUUCGUCCCGACGAAACUCGUUCCGGUGGAUUCCGGGCGUCGAAUUCCGAGUUUUUUUUUCGAAUUUCUCCAAAAUUUUCCGUGCCAGUCGUCUCCAUGUAAAUUCGUCGUUGUGGUUGUAACGAACAAACUUCACGGAGAAAUUGCACGAGCAAUUAUUUUCUUCGGACCCGAGCGAAAGUCGCACAUCGAACUCGAAUUCGUUUGGAAAAUUUGCAAAACGCUAACUAAGCUUGUUUCGUCUUUGAGUCAAUUCCGCCAACUCGACAAUAAGAAAGAUUUCGAGAAAAACCGCACAAAAUAUUUCUCAUUGGGCAGGCCCAAAUAUAUUUAGAUUCUCAGAUCAUCGUUCGCUACGGUUUCUUUUUUGUCACGUGCCACACACAUACAUAUACCAGGAUCAUUCUGACUUUUGCUCAAAACUUCAUUCGGUAAAUAUUCGCAUGCUUCAUAUAAAUUUUGUUUCAGAAUUUUUUUUUCACUGGAAUUCAUUAACGAAGUCGAGACCAUUCCUACAACCAAAUCAGGUAAUUAUAAAGAAAAACACGAUUUUAUCGAUAUUCGUUGUACGUCGUGUCAAUAUUUUGUGUGUCGAAUCUCUAUCACCUUAUUGUAGUCGCCCACUUCUCGUCGUCACUCAUACAUCACUGCCAGUCUUGGUGCUAUUUCGAUGCUAAAAUGUCUGUUUUCGAAAUGGAAAUCCUCGCAGCCGAGAUUCUAAAAAAAAUCGGCCGUUUAGACGCCGAAAAAACGAUCCAAAAAAAAA